GUCUGAACUACAACAUAUAUAUACAUGUUGGCUGUAAAAGGAGGUUAAAUGAAAGAGAGGGACCAAUGGAAAGAUUCUUCUUCAUCUCUGUUUUUCUUCUAUUUCCUCUGUUCUUCAUCAUGAACAUCACUUUCGCCUUCCCUCUCUCCACGGACUCACGCUGGAUCGUCGACGACGGCAACAAAGGACGGCGAGUGAAGCUCACGUGCGUCAACUGGCCGUCGCAUCUUGAAACUGCGGUGGCGGAAGGUUUAAGCAAGCAGCCUUUGGAUUCGAUCGGGGCCAAGAUCGUCUCAAUGGGGUUCAAUUGCGUUAGAUUGACUUGGCCUCUCUACUUAGCCACCGAUGAAUCGUUCUCUGGAAUUAUGACUGUGAGGCAAUCUCUUCGCAAGCUUGGUCUUCUUGAAGCUCUCUCUGGUUUUCAAGCUAAUAAUCCAUACAUUCUUGAUCUCCCUCUCAUCAAAGCUUUUCAGGAGGUGGUUUCUUCCCUUGGAAAGAACAGAUUAUUGGUGAUCUUAGACAAUCACAUAAGCCAACCUGGUUGGUGUUGCAAUGACAAUGAUGGAAACGGUUUUUUCGGCGAUAGAUAUUUAAACCCUCAGCUUUGGAUCAGAGGACUAAAGAACAUGGCAACAAUGUUUGCUAAUGUUUCAAACGUGGUUGGUAUGAGUCUAAGGAAUGAGCUUAGAGGUCCAAAACAGAACAUCAAAGACUGGUACAAGUACAUGAGAGAAGGCGCUGAAGCAGUCCACUCUGUGAAUCCGAACAUUCUUGUCAUUGUCUCCGGUUUAAACUACGAGACUGACUUAUCUUUUCUCCGAGACAAACCGUUUGAAGUAACCUUCAGGAGGAAACUAGUGUUUGAGAUCCAUUGGUAUGGGUUUUGGAGUUCUUGGGAAGGAGAUAACUUGAACAAGAUUUGCGGGAGAGAAACCGAAAACAUCAUGAAAAUGUCAGGGUUUCUACUGGAGAAAGGGUUUCCAUUGUUUGUGAGCGAGUUUGGGAUUGAUCAAAGAGGAAACAACGUGAAUGACAAUAGGUUUCUGAGUUGUUUUAUGGCUUUAGCAGCGGAUCUUGAUCUAGAUUGGGCGCUAUGGACUCUUGCAGGAAGCUAUUACAUAAGAGAGAAAACUAUUGGUUAUGAUGAAACCUAUGGAGUUUUGGAUUGGAGUUGGUCAAGUAUAAGAAACUCAACAAUUCUGCAGAUGAUUUCUGCUAUACAGUCUCCUUUUAGAGGACCAGGUCUAAUGGAAACACACCCCAAGAAAAUAAUAUUCCAUCCUUCAACUGGACUUUGCAUCGUGAGGAAGUCACUGUUUCAACUUAAGCUAGGUUCUUGCGAUCGAUCAGAAAGCUUUAGACUUUCUUCUCAACGAGUUUUGUCACUAGCAGAAGAAAAAAUAUUGUGCUUAAAAGCUUAUGAGAAAGGAAAGUCCGUGAAGCUGCGUCUGUAUUUCUCAGAAUCUUAUUGUUCACGAUGGAAACUUUUGUCCGAGUCAAAGAUGCAGCUCUCGUCCAUAAAAAAGAAUGGAGAAUCAGUUUGUCUGGAUGUGGAUUCGGAUAGUAACAACAUUGUGACGAAAAGCUGCAAAUGUUUAGAAGGAGAUGCGAGUUGCGAUCCAAAAAGCCAGUGGUUUAAGGUUGUUACUAGCAUGAGAAGUCGGUUUAGAGCAAACCCGUUUCCUCGAGUCAGUCCACACUCGAAGACAUUUCUUCAGGAACCUUUAUCAGUCUUUUAAAGUAUUCAAGGAAAAGUUCAAAUAGCUUUUAACAAGACUGUACGCACGUACCUACCAUAGGGCUGAAAUGUGCACAUUUUGAAGACAAGGAUGAGCAGAGAUGCGAUCUAUCAGCAAUCACAAUACCGAGUUUUUUUAAUAAGACAAUUCUGUGUAAUUGUUCCUCUCUGGUUAUUGUUUCUUUUUUGAAUUUUCAAAAACAUAAAAUAUUGGAUUUGAACGUAUUUAUUUUAUGUUUCUUAAAGAUAUGUGAACACAAUGCAAGUUUUUUCCCUAAUUAUGAUAUGUACAUUUUGCUUGCAAUUCUUGAUUUGUAUAACAUUUGAUCUCUAUCACAUUGUAACCGACCUUAUUUGACCAAUUUGGGCCUUAAAAUUAAUAACUUAGGCCUAUAAAUGGGCAUUGAAUAAUCAGGCCAUUUUGAGUCUCAUUGGUAACCUUGGGAGAAUGAGAUUAGGUAGUGAAAAAUGGAAUAUACCAGAAGACAGGUAACACUGUGAACAUUGAAGAGAUAAACACAGAGCUGUUUAAUUCUGGCCAAAUUGAUCUUUGCUACGGAAACUUGAACAUCUCUCACUUUUAUAAUCUAAGAGAGUUCACCAUUCUGAAGCAAAUCCCAUCCCCAAAACUAUUAAUUUAAAAUUUUUAAUUUAAGAUUCGAAAUUUCUCAACGCGAUGAAUCGAUGGCUAACCGGUAAAAAAAAGCCAUCGGAAUCGAGGUUUGUUAAUUCGAACGGAUCCGAAUAUCACAUCCCUAUCGAUCGAAUUGAAGAUUUUGAAUGUACGCUUCCGGUGACACGCCCUUCAGGGAAACUGAAUCCCAACACGAAGAGCGCAACGCCUUUCGAAAGCAAGCGAGUGAUUCUCAAUGACCACAAAAAAAAAACAAAAAAAAUUAUUGAAAACAGAUUAAGAUAUGAGAGAGGAAGAAGAUAGAAUGCCGACGGCUUGG